AUGAAGAAAAUAUCCAUAAUUGUUGACGGUCGCUGCGGCAAAUUUUUUCCCAAAACAUUUAGGGAAAGUACUCGCUUGAGCGGCGACGCCAACCGCUUGGGGCAGCCGGAAUAUGAGCGACCGGAUAACGGUCGCAAUUUUGUGCUGAACGGUCACCUAAUGGAUAACAGAUCUGUCGUACCGUACAAUAAACUAUUAUUGUGUAAAUACAAUUGUCACAUUGAUGUCGAGUUAUGCGGAAGUCUGCGAUCCAUUAGGUACCUCCACAAGUACGUGGAGAAAGAGCCAGAUUACAUUUCCGUACAGCAUGCUGAUGUUUCUACGAAGGCGGCCAACGAGAAUAAUGAUGAUGUUUUACCAGCUCCACUGUCUUAUUCUCCCAUACGAAACAAUGCGGAUCCGAAUUAUCAACCGCCGGCUGAUAAUCCACUAGAAAUUAUAAAUCGUAAUAACGAUAACGUUGAGUCGGCUGUUGAUAAUAGGAAUGUUGUUGUAGUUGAUGAUAAUGCGUCAGCAGGCAGCGACGACGACGACGACGACGACCCAAUCACCCGCGUCGGUGGUGACGACGAACACGAUAAUCAUCCUGGCGAUGGUCGUCAUCAUCGUCGUCGUCGUCGUUGUCGUAGAGGGCCCCAACCCAUUAUCAAUUGGGAUGAAAUUAAGCAUUGUGUGGGGGCCCUCGAAGCAUGCUGGCGUUUGUUCGAAUUUAAAAUAACAGACAAGUCCCAUAGCGUUUCGGUGUUACCGGUACACGCCGAAAAUGACCAUCAAGUCAUUUUCGUCGAGUACCGAGACACGGAGAAUGAGAUAGUGGAUAGAGCUACCAAAAACACGAAGUUGAUCGACUAUUUCAAUCUGAACCGUAACGAUCCUGAGGCGAGACUUUUGAGAUAUGUAGAAAUUCCAGAACGUUAUUCGUGGAAUGGCGCGAAAUCGAUGUGGCAACGCCGCAAGAAAGCGAGCAAAGUCAUCGGUCAACUCGCUCACGCAAGUCCCGGUGACCAAACUCGCUUUUAUCUACGGAUGUUGCUGCAACACGUGGGGGGUGCGACAAGCUUCACGAACUUGCGCACCGUCGACGGUGUCGUUUGUCCUGAUUUCAAGUCGGCCUGUCACGCCAUGGGACUACUCCGAAACCUCGAUGAAUACAAUCGGGCUCUUGAGGAAGCCAUAUUGGUGCGAUGUCCGUUCAUGUCCCGUCAACUGUUCGGUCUAUUAUCUUGCAUGAUAAUGACUGACAGGGACGGGAAUAACGACGGCAUCGCAACAAUGUGGCGGAAUCAUAGAAACGAUUUAAUUUCUGAUUUUAUGGACCAUGGUGUUGACGAGUCGGAAGUUGCCGAACGGAUGGCACUGUACCACGUGUCCACUGUCAUCGGUAGAUGCGCCCUCGGCGGCGACCGAUUCACUAUGGCCGAUUUUGGAUUGCCAGUCGUCGACGUGAACGAUGACAUUUUCAAGAAUGUCAUCGUUAACGCCGACGAGUUUUUUAGGAAUGAAGGGAGGGUUUUUAAGAAUUUGUUAGUAACGCACAAUGCCGUCGACCGCGACGCGAGGGACGGUCCUGGCGGUACUGGGAGGACUUUUCUCUACAAUUGUAUAAUUGGUAAAAUACGCCGAGACUUUGGGAAACCAAUUAUAGCGGUAGCUUGGACCGGAAUUGCGGCUACCCUUUUAUCCAAGGGCACCACCGUACAUUCUGCGUUCAAGUUGCCACUAAAAUUGAAUGAAGAUUCUAUUCCGGCGUGGCCGGUAGAAAGCGACAAAGCUCGCAUCAUCCGAGAGGCUCCCGUCAUUUUGUGGGACGAGGCUCCGAUGACGCCUAGAUUGGCCGUCGAGGCGGUAGAUCGGUACCUACAAGACCUCAUGAAUGCCCCCGGUAUACCCAUGGGGGGUAAAAUAGUCGUUUUUGGCGGCGACUUUCGUCAAUUAUUGCCCGUUAUCCCCCGUGAGCAUAGCGGGGAAAUUCUGAGAGCAUCGUUAAAAUCUUCAUACAUGUGGCCUAUGGUACGGAUCUACCGACUCACAGAGAAUCUACGCGUAAAAGCGGCGGCAGCGGAGUUGGCUCUACAAAAUGACGAAGGCAACGGCAGCGGUGCCGCCGCCAGUCGAUCGGAGGAUAUGGCGAGCUUUGCCGCUUUCUUACUGAAAGUCGGAAACGACGAGCUACCCCACGUCAAGAUGCCGCUCGCGUUCUCUCCUACUGACCUCGUCGAAAUUCCAUCACGACAUAUGGUCGCUGACAUCAAGAACCUUGUCGAUCAACUGACAGAGGAAAACCAGGACGAUUUUCAUGUACCGGACGAAUACUUACACGGUCUCAACGUCGCUGGUCUUCCGCCACACGGAUUGUCGCUCAAGAAGGGAUGCGUAGUCAUGCUUCUUCGAAAUAUCGACAUAACUAACGGAUUGUGCAACGGCACACGACUACGCAUCACCUCCUUGGGCGAUAAUUUGGUGAGAGCGCGAAUUCUGACAGGCGGCGUCGAAGCGAGUAGGGGAAAUGAUAUAUUUCUCCCACGCAUGAAUUUGACCGCCGCUGAGAACGUUACGUUCUUACCGGGAACGGUGCAUCGCAAUCAAUUCCCAAUACGUGUGGCGUUUGCAAUGACGAUAAACAAGGCGCAAGGACAAACAUUCAAGAAGGUGGGAAUUUGCCUGGAAAUGCCUUGCUUCGCUCAUGGACAACUCUACGUGGCACUCAGCCGCGUAGGUUGUCCUGACAGAGUGAAGGUAUUCAUGAAGAAUUCCGCCAAACAAGGAUCUUUCAAAUACAGGAAGCGUUAUUUUACGAGAAACAUUGUCUAUCCGUCGAUAAUAUCUCAUCAAGAUGAUAUAAAUGUUAAUAAUAAUAUCGAUGUCGUUGGCACGGAUAAUAUUUCAUCCGUGCCAACUCCGGCACCAUUUUGUAUAGAUUUACUUCCACCACCACCAUUAGUGGUGCCAUCAAACGAAAAUGACGAUAUUUGUCUUCGCCCUGUUAAACGACGUGAUUAUCGACAGGUUAUUUUAGGAAAUCAGGGCGAAGACAAUAUCGUCAAUAAAAAACGAAAAAUUGAUGACGACAACAAUCUUGACGACGGGUUCGAGAAUUUCGAGAGUGAUCUUCCUCGCCAUAUCAAUGAAGAACUCAAUCGCUUCAUUGAUAUGAUCGAGAAAGAUAAUGCUCCAAACAUUUCUCGAAAACGUCGUCAAAGCUGUAUCGUCAUUAAUUCUCCAUCAUCAUCAUCAUCUAGACGAGGUGUUAUCGACGAAGAGACGUUGAAAGAUUUGGAUGAUGAUGUAAAUUAG